GGUUCUGACCAACGGCGGCAACUACAAAUCCGACAAUCCGACUGCAAAGGAAGCUUCGAGACUCCGCUCUCGUUCCACACCAGGAAAGCUUGAAGAGAAUCGCAUCCCUCCCCGGCCCGUGAACAUCAAAAAACCUGCUCUGCAGCCGUCACAGUCACCCAGUCCAACCGCCGCCAACGUUAAGAACCAGUUCCGCCAUGGCUUCCAACCCCCCCGGAAGAUGCUGCACCGUUGGUGUCCUGCAUGAGGGCACGCCCACGGGCAAGAUGGUCCGCGUCGCGGGCAAGCACGACGCCUACCUCGCGACCCCCCCCGCCGAUAAGGAACACAAGGGCGCCGGCAUCCUGAUCAUCCCCGAUGUCAUCGGCAUCUGGCAGAAUAGCAAGCUCAUCGCAGACCAAUUCGCUGCCAACGGCUACCUGACGCUGCUCCUCGACGUUUUCGAAGGCGAUGCGCUCCAACUGAACCGCCCCGCCGGGUUCAACAUUAUGGAGUGGCUGACCAAGGGAUCGGAUGGCAAGACCCCGCACACCAAGGAAGCCGUGGACCCGAUCGUCUUGGAUGGCAUCAAGGCGCUCAAGGAGGAAUACGGCGUCACAAAGCUGGGCGCCGUGGGCUAUUGCUUCGGCGCCAAGUACGUCGUGAGACACUACAAGAACGGCAUCGCCGUCGGCUACGUCGCCCACCCGUCCUUUGUCGAGGAAGAGGAGCUUGCGGCCAUCUCGGGCCCGCUCGCCAUCUCGGCCGCCGAGACCGACACCAUCUUCCCCUCCGAGAAGCGCCACCGGUCUGAGGAGAUUCUCAAGGAGGUUGGCCAACCCUACCAAAUCAACCUCUUCUCGCAGGUCGAGCACGGUUUCGCCGUCCGUUGCGACCCGUCUAUCAAGGUGCAGAAGUUUGCCAAGGAGCAGGCCUUUUUGCAGGCAGUCACCUGGUUCAACGAGUAUCUCCUGUGAUGGAAAGGGGUAGGAUAGCUGCCAGAUCCCUGUAUGGCAUCUGCCGGUCGGAGCUGCCGACCUUUAUGAUCUCUAUAAUGAAGUCAUGACACUUUGCAUUUGCCGUCUGUCUCGUUCUU